AUCUUCAGCGAAAUCUUCGGAAAAAAAUAAAAUAAGAAGUCGCUUGUUAUUGUAAUAAGAUGUUAGUGUCUUUACAGCAAACGUGUGCCCGAUGUACCUCCGCACAUGUGAUUAAUUCGCCUUCGUGAUAAGAGGCGAUGCAUUUAUUUUAAUAUAUUUGAUGUUUCGAGAUAACUUCUUUUCAGAGCGCUCAUGAGAAGAGGUAAUUUUACUAUAAUUAAUUAGACAGAUAUUGUUUAGUUGCUUCAAUACUGGAGUACUUUAGUUAUUUAUGAGUUAUCUAAGGACUCGGAUUAGAAUGUUAUAAGAUUAAAGUCAGGCGGAUGGAAUUUCGGCGGAUACGCAAUGAAAAUCUUCCCGUGUUCAUUCACGUACUACGAAAGUGUGUUCGAGAAAUAACGUCUUGGAGAAUUAGAGACAGUGGAACGUGGUACUUAAUACUGCACUUAGAUAUUGGCAUAUUACUUAGCUUAGGACAUCAAAAGAACAAACCUGAUCUCAAAUUUGCUGAACCGUGUAAAAUUAUUAUUUUAAUUGCGAAGAUGCUUGUUAUAAUCUCAUUUCAAACGACGCGCUGUUGGGACGUAAAUGUUCGGGAAUUUCGUUCAAGUGUUCUAGAAGUAAGUGAAUUAUAGUGCAGGGAAAACGCAUCAUUGCGAAGGAGUCAACUAACAACGUUUGAAUAGACGAUACUAUACAUGAAAACCCCACCUUUCGAAUACCGGAAUAAUAUCUGAUAUGCUUUGUAUACGAAAAAGUUAUCGAAGCUUUGUGUGGUCGGAUUUAAGGGGUUAGGUUGUGUUAUUUUUUUUAAUUGUUGAUUUGGAUAUCGCCAUCAAAAUUGUUGGAUUUAAAAAUAUUUUGACAACUGAUUGGGCGGCGGAAUUAUUAUUUUAUGAUCGUAUGAAGUACGACUUGUGUUAUUUUAUGUUUUAAAAAGUUAUUUUGAAAAUUGCGGCAUAAUUAAAAUGGCUGUGAUAUUUUGAUACAAGCGCCACGCAUUUGUUGUUCCGGAGAAAUUACAUGAUUAUAUUGAAAGUAUAGAACGUUUCAAUAGCGAAGUAAGACUGGGACAUGUGUUUAAACGAAAAAGAUUUGAUCGAAAAUUAAAUAAUAAAAUCAAAAUGUAGGGAUUUCAUUUUAACACUUCUCCCAUAACACUGUUUUCGAAACAGCUAAAAUUAAAAUAGAACGCAAAUAUUAUAAACGAUCGAUCUGUAUUGUAUUGGAUAAAAGUACACAUCAGUCUGCGAUAUUCACGUGAUUAGUGACGUAAAAUCGGUGACGUCAUGAAGUGGUUACGGGCUGGACCGGAUGGAGUUGCUGGAGCGCUCAUCUGGGUGACAAUGUUGACUUCCUGUUUGCUGGGAACGAAGGGCAUCAAAUGGCUAGCGCUGGCGAAAAUGAGCAGCGUGGCUUCCAUAGAGGUACCGGAAAUGUGCAAAAGCCUCGUGGGUCUCGCGAAGCGACAGGAGAAGAUCUGCCGACGGAACAUCGAAGUCAUGGAGAGCGUCCGCUACGGCGCCCACAUGGCGAUAGACGAGUGUCAGUACCAGUUCCGGAACCGGCGCUGGAACUGCAGCACCGUAGAUCCGGUGAAGCUGUUCGGGAACUUCCUCAAGCUUGGGACCCGCGAGGUGGCGUUCGUACACGCGAUCUCCUCGGCCGGAGUUGCGCAUGCGGUGACGCGCGCAUGCAGCAAAGGGGACCUCCAGACGUGCGGAUGUGACCGCACGGUGAACGGGAAGACCGCAGAAGGUUUCGAAUGGUCCGGAUGUUCGGAUAACAUCGGCUUUGGUACCGCGUUCUCGCAAAAGUUCGUCGACGCAAGGGAGCGGACGCGUUCGUCGACGCAGAAGAAAAGCAAAAAUAUAAAACGGGUGUUAAUGAAUCUUCAUAAUAACGAGGCAGGGCGAAAGGCCGUGGAAGAGAGUAUGCAAGUUGUCUGCAAAUGUCACGGCGUUUCCGGCUCCUGCGAACUGAAAACUUGCUGGCGCUCCAUGGCAACGUUCAGAGACAUUGGUGCCAUUUUGAAAGAGCGCUUCGACGGAGCGACGGAAGUCACCCUCGAGCAAAGCAACACUCGCUCCGUGUUGGUUCCGGUUAAUAAUCAGUUUAAACCACCAACGCGGUCUGAUAUUGUGUAUUUAGUGCCGUCGCCGGAUUUUUGCGAGUCAGACGCUAAAACUGGGUCGCUCGGGACCAGUGGGCGGGUCUGCAAUAAGACGUCAAAGGCCAUAGACGGUUGUGACCUCCUGUGUUGUGGUAGGGGUUACGAAACAAGAACGGUGACCGUUGUGGAGCGGUGUCAGUGUAAAUUCCACUGGUGUUGUUACGUCAUUUGUGAAAAAUGUUCGCGAACAGUGGACGAACACGUGUGCAAAUGAGCUAUUUUAAAAACGAGGAUUUACAGAUAUUUUUUUUCAAUUAUAUGCAAUAGUGAUUUAACAAUAAUCGGUUGAUACCAUUAAUCGGCCAGUACGACUAGAACAUUUUAUGUUUAAACCAUCAGCUGUAAAGUGAAGUUGUAUUCAUGUUGUUGCGUAUGUAAUCAUGUUUCUGAUGCAACAAUUAAUUGCUUCGUUUCAUAACUAGUUUUAUGUGAAACAUGUUUACAUUAAGCAAAUUGAAAAAGCUGUUAAACGUGUAAAUAUGUAUAUUCAUGAACAACACGUAUGUCAAUUGUUUUCAGAAUGUUGUUGAUAAGUGACUUAAGUGUGAAAAUUAGAUAUCAAUAUGAAGCACUUGACACUGAGCAGACUGCACUAUGGAAGAUUGUUAACGAGGACACAAUUUCCAUAACACAAGUCCUGCCAAUAUGCAAACAGACCAAACGUUUAAUGCCAAGUAACGUUUAUAGCAGAUAUUACAUUAAAACAGUUAUUUAACCCAUUUAUGCCUAGCGUUUAGUAAAAAGGCCUUGGCAAACAUCGCAGACCCUGAUGAGACGCCGCAAUAUGCGGCGUCUCAUCAGGGUCUGCGCUGUUUGCUUAAAGAAAUUUCUGUCAGAAAUAUUCUAAAUACAAAAUUAAAUAUACUAGACAUCCCUAAUUUUGGAAAUAAAUUGAUUCAGUUUAGAAGAAGGGAGAGUCCACUAGGCAUUAAUGGGUUACAAAUUUAGUGCGUUUUGACAUUAAAAGUUUGUUCGUAGUAUCCUACCUUCGUGAUGACUUAGUUCACGGUGACUGAAGUUCUUAUUGGCUUAAGUUCGUGAUGACUUAUGUUCGUGAUAAUGUAUGCACGUGAAGACUCAAGUUCGUGACGGCUGAAGCCUCUGUUGACUUAUAUUUGUGAUGGCUUAUAUUCGAGAUAACGAACAUUCGGGAGGAUUCACUUGAAGUUAGGAUGGCAAGAUGUGCGACCGUUAAGUCUUAGAUGGAAUAAAAUGUCGGUAUUGCCUACUGGUUUCCGUUUAUGACGGUAUGUCAGUGUUCAACAAUCGCACGAGAAUUUGAAAACGUCGUAGUGAGGAUGGUAAUAUUGCACGACAAACUAUUUAUAUGUUGUGCAAUGUUUUGCUGAUUCGUUACAAUUGGCAGACAAGUGUGAAAAUUUCCAUUCGCUGUGCAUGAAAGUAUUUUUUCAGAUGUUUGUUCUAUACGUUAAAGAAUAGGUACAUAUGAAAACACGUUAAUAGUA